GCGUAUAGUGUACACGUAAAACGAAAUACGAUCAUUCGCCAUUAUAUUUUUUCUCGUCAAAGUGGAAAGCUGCGUUGUGUUACAAAAAAUCUCGAUUUAAAAUAGAAUUGCGUCCAAAAAUAGCAUAAAUUCUUGUUCCAAACAUUUACAGAUAUUCGAAGUGACAAAGAUAGAAUGAAUUAGUGCGUGGAUGCAAUAAACCAACCUGCCAGCGUCAAGUAUAUCCGACCAUCAGAAUAAUUACUCAAGCGACAGGGACUGUCGAAUAAGUAUAGUUCGUUAAUUUAAAUAAAAUUAAAAAGCAUGAGCGUUAUCAUACGCUUACAAAACCUACCGUGGUCAGCGAAUGCCUCCGAUGUGCGUGGAUUUUUCAGAGGUUUAGGGAUUCCUGAUGGUGGUGUUCAUAUUGUAGGUGGCGAAAAUGGCGAUGCAUUCAUUGCAUUCAGCACCGAUGAAGAUGCUCGUCAGGCGAUGAUGCUGAAUGGAUCUAAACUCAAGGAAACUCAAGUUCAUCUGCUAUUAUCGUCGAGAGCUGAAAUGCAAAAAGUCAUCGAAACAGCAAGGCAGCAAACCAUGUCUUUCAUGAAUUUUUCAGCCCAACAGCCUACCAUCACACCAACACCGUCUCUGCCGGUGAUGGCACCGCAAAUUACCAUACCUACGAUACAGACACAACCGUCAUUGCUAAAUGGGGCCAAUGCUGUUGUUGGUCUUAUGGAUCCGCAACUAGUAACAGCUAAGCCACAACCUCCAGUCAUUACAUCCAGUUCGCUGUCUGGUAUCCUAGCACAACAGAUGCUUCAGCAACACCAAAUUCAGUUGAUUCGCCAACAGCAAAAUAUGCCAGUUUUAACGUCGACAUCUGUACGCCACGACUCGUACAAAACAAUGAAUCAGUACAAUUCCAUGGGUCAUCAAUACGGCGAGAAUUCAAUGGAUAGUGGCAAGAACUUGCAGGGAAACGAUUCGAAAAGAAGUAGGAAUUCACGCUCUCGCUCACGGUCUCGUGAUCGUCGUGACAGAAGGCGUUCAAGGUCUAGAGAGCGCAGUCGUCGUUACAGAGAUAGAUCUCGUAGUCGCGAGCGUAGACGUCGUAGUCGUAGAAGUCCUAGUUCAGAUCGGCGAAGUCGUAGUCGUGAAAGAGAACGCAACAGUCGGGAUAGUGGCCGAAAGGGACGCUCUUACGACAAAGAUGUGAGAUCGUCUUUGGACCGGAAUAAAAGUGUCGAUGAAAGCAAUUCAAAUUUGAACAGUUCGAUUGAGAAUAAUGUAAAUACGCCAAUGAAUGCCAUCGACCAACACAAACCAUUCAAUUAUUCGGAUGGUGGCGCCCCUAAUAACAACUUCAACAAUGUACUAAAUGAUGGAUCGAAUGUACCGUUCAACAAUUUCAAUACUCAGCCGCGUAACGAUUUCCCUACAAAAGGCAUGAACGAUUUUGAUCCGACAAUGGCACUGGUACCAUUUUCCAAUAAUUCGAUGAGCAUUGGAAGCUGCAUUCGAAUAACCAAUAUGAACAAUCGUACACACUAUGCAGCUAUCCGUAAGUUCUUUUAUGGCUUGCAAAUACCCAACGAUGGCAUCAAACUGUUGAAUGACGAAAAUGGUAAGCGAACAAACGAUGUGGUCAUCCGAUUCGCUCGGCCAGAUAUUGCUAGGGACGCUCUGGCUUUGGAUGGCAAACUGUUGAACGGCAACACCGUUCGAAUCACAUCAAUUACUGACGGCGAAUAUGAAAACGAAGUAGAUUCGUUUCAGCCGCCACGCAAGAACGCCAGUCGAUUUGGUAGUAGGUAUGACGAUCGAAAUUACAGUGGAGAUCGAGGUGGGUCGGAAGAGAAUAACAGAGACGGUGGCGGCCACAGACGAAAUAAUCGAGAUUAUUACGAUCGAGGAUUCCAAAGUCGAGGAAGUCGAUUCAAUGAUGAUACCGAUGGCCGAGGAAACCAGGCCAAUGACAGUCGAGAUCGUCACGGAGACGAUGACGAUGUAAUGUUGAUCAGUGAUUCGAACGACGGUGAAGCAUUGCCCGUUGGUCUGACGUUAUUGAUUGAAGAUUUGCCACCGUUUGCUAAGGAACAGGAUAUCAUCAAAAUGUUUUCCGAUUUUACCCUCAUGGACAUCAUGCUUACGAAGGUGAACAAAGCAUUCCUGGCCUAUGUCAAAUUUCACAAUCAGACUGACGCUGAGGCGGCCUUGAAACAGACACAUUUGCAUCGCAUUGAUUUCAAGACUGUCUUCGUAUCGCCAUGCUCCGACGAGACGUACGAGAGGGCGAAACAAGAAUAUGACGGCAUUGGCGACGCGUGUGGCAAACCAGAGGUUAAUACAGCCGACGAGCCAACCAAAUCCGGCCGAGAUGAUCCACGUCAGAAUUCACCAGAAGGUGAUAACGAAGUGGAUCAAUUCGGGAGAAGUAUUCGAAACCGGAAAUUCGUCCAACAACACACGCAACAGCAACCAUCCGCAUCCGAUAAUAAAUCACAGAUACCGAGUUUGUUCAACUUAACGUUCGAUCCACCGUUUAUGGCAAAUCAACAGCCUGUUCCCGCCGAUCCGCGACUCCGACGACAGUUUGAUCAAAAUAAUUCACAGUCACCCGACUCGCAAUUGUCACCCAAUCAACAGUCGAAGGCAUUCAAUCCAUUUAAUCAGCAAGGUCGCAUCGAUCCGCGACUCCAAAGAAACUCUUCGUUACCAUUGCCAAAUCUUACCAAUAACACCAACACCAAAGUGAUAUUCAUAGGAAAUGUCGAAUACAACACGACCGAAGGUGAUAUUGUGGGCUUCUUCGCCGACAUCGGACCACCACCGGAAGGAGUGUUUUUCGUUAAAAAUGCUCGUGGCCAACCGUGCGGCGAUUGCUACGUGAAAUUCAGAAGUGCGGAUGAUGCGACAAGAGCUCUGAUCAAAAAUCGUUUUCGAUUUCGAUCGCGCGUCAUUCGGGUUACAUUGGCUGAAGAAGCAGAAGCUGAGAAAUUGCUUGGAUUCAGUUUGAGCGAUGGCGGUGACGAGAAGAUUAACAUGAACGAUAUUGCCAAUGAUAUCAAUAGCAAAGGAAAUGCAACCGAUGAACUUGCGUCUGAAACUCGGUCCGAGCAGAACGACAAAAAUGACAAUGAAAUGGACAUGGAUGGCCAAAAUGCUGAGCGUGAUGGUGACAAUGAUCAAAACGGUGAUGAUGAUAACAGUGGUGGUGGAAGUCAGUUUUCUAGAGACGACCCGCGAAUGAUGUACAAUAAUUCUCCGUAUGCACGCGGCGGUAAUAUUGGUGAUCGAGCUGGAAACAUGAUGAACAUGGGUAACAAUAAUUUCCGCGGUGGUCGAGGAGGAGGAGGAGGAUCAGAUAGUCGUGGCAUGCGUGGUAAUAACUACAAUCGAAAUAACAAUAGUAAUAAUAACAGCAACAGCAGCAACAACAGUAACAACAACAGUAACAACAACAAUAACCAACGAAACUUGGAGGGAUGCAUUGUCGGUUUAAGUAAUGUUCCGUUCGCGGCUACGCCUCGUGAUAUUGCCGACUUUUUCGGUGAAUACAAUCUAACACCGAAUGACAUCAUUCGGCGGUACAACGACGAUGGUAGUCUGACGGGCGAGGCAAGAGUCAGAUUCUUAACACCAAUGGAUGCGUCGAAAGCAAUUGAUCGUCAUCAAAGAGAGAGAAUUGGAAACAGAGUUAUCCAUUUGCGACUCGUUACGUGAACAUAACGAUUGUGUGGGUCUCAUAAGUUUUAAGUGUACAAAUUUCCUAUGCUCUUUAUCGAACUUUUGAAUAAAUGAGGACUGAUA